AUGACCUCUCUCGUGAACACCACGGCUAAAAAUGCCUUACCGCCCAGCGAUGACAUCUGUCAUCAUUGCAAUUUGUUUAAGGGCGUUGGGAUAUCCCUCGUCCCCGUUGCUGUGGCCCUCUCAGGACUACUUGUGGUUCUCCUGAUCGCCGUCUCAGUAAUUUGUUUAACUUGUCAGAAAAGGCAGAAAACCAAGGUCAAGAUCUAUGCACCUGAGCCGAAUUCAAACCAGAUCGUUGGCCAACCAAAGGAGACAUUUUGCAUAAGCGAGGACUCGUUGUUGAAUUUUGACGCAAUAUUUUCUCAGAAGCAGCAAGCGUUGUUGGAUAGUGAGGAGGAAGAUGUGCUUUUUGAUUGGGAUCAAUGCAUCAAUGACACCUGUGUGCUGCCUGAAUUCGCCAUCGUUCAAGUUCCGUUGGCAGAUCGCGCCCUCGCAAUAACCAUCGAUUUGGACUCAGUGGUCAGCAUCAGCCAAUCGAUAAUCGCUGUUCGGUCGUGGUGCCGGCACAAAGACAUGCAUGGCGCCUGCAAACGCCUGUCCAACGGUCGCUCUGACUUCACCGGACACCUCAUUGGCUAA